CAACUGUUUAUCACUUAAGUAGUUUAGAGUCAUAAGCUUCCAAGUUACAAUACGGACUUAAUAUGCAAUCGCCGUUGGGGAUCAGCAUCGUGGUGGUCAUAAUUUAUACCUUUGGCUUACGAGAAACAAGAGCGGAAGCUCUAGGAGUUGACUGCGACGUGAAUCAGGAUGUACCAUUUGGAAGAAAUAAAGUCAUCACCUUCAACGGAUCGGCACCCCUCAAUGUUUCCUGUAAUGACAUGACCUUCAGGAGCACUGACCAACAUAUGCUGUGCAUCAGAAACCAAAUCUUUCAGGACCCCAACUGUGCCGUCAGUCUCCUAUUAAAUGAUACAAAAUCUGGGCAGGUGGAAACAUUCACCUGUAAUAAAGCUGAGACAUUUUGUACGAAACCGAACGGAACUUUGCACAUACAAUUUAGCCCUCGUGACAACAAGUCACCUAGUGAUGCCUUGCUGAAUUUGAUUUUGUACACAAAAAAUGGAACGUUGCCAGGAAAAGAGGAUGACAAAAUAGAUUGGGAACUCCUGACCAUCCUAUUAAGAACCCUUAUACCGCUGUUUUUCUUCUUGGUGUUCGGAGUUGUUUCUGUUGUCUGCAUCUAUAUGCAGCGGAAAAAGAGACGCGCUCAGUAUAUGGGUAAAUCUGCUGACGGCAGUACGCCGACGCCGUUCUCAUUUGGAAGUCCAGCUCUCGAAAACUAUCCGACAGCACCUCCACCUCAACAGUUUUCUUCUUUCGAGCCAGCUAAAUCCUACUAGUGAUGUUUUCAUCGACCAUUUUAAGUU